CGCAAAAACAUCUCUUCUUGGGGCUGCAAAACUUCCCUGCAGAACUCUCAUUUGUUAGUCCUUCAAAGGUGGGGGCUAGUUGGGUAACUGUUUUUGUGUAGGGUCCCUUGAUAUUUCAUCAUUUUUGUUCCUUUUGGCUUUCGCAGAGGAUAUUGUCUGCCUAAUUCUGUGAAAUCCAAAAACAAAUUUUAUCUAACUCCUCUCCUCAUGGUUAAAGAAAAUAAUGUGGGGCUCUGUGUAUCUCUCUUUUCCCUUUAAAUCACCUCCUUCAUUCUCCUGUGUCAUUCACAAAAUUCUCUGAAACUAGUAAAGAUAAAGAACUCUUAAAGAAAAAGCCUGUUAAGUACUUAUUGCAUAGAGAAAAUUUGCCUACCAAAGCAACGGUUGGUUUUAACGUGUCUCAUUUGUUCUCAGAAAUGGGACGUUGAAACCACUGAGGGAGUAUUGUAAGCUGCGAAAGUCUUGAAAUUUUCUUGUUUGUUCAAUUGAAGAGAGGGUGUUUAAAAUGUCUGCAAAGCUUCUACAUUCAAUAUCAGAUGAAAAUCCAGAUCUGCAGAAGCAGAUUGGAUGCAUGAAUGGUAUCUUUCAGCUCUUUGACCGCCAACAUUUCCUGAGAGGCCGGCGCAUCCACCAAAACCAGAAGAGGCUUCCACCUGGUCAAAAAGAUAACCAUGGAACAAAGUCCAAGAUUGCAUCACAGCCACCAACAGAAAAACAUGUCAAGAAGGCCAUGAAAGAGAAACAAAAAGUCUCAACUGAAUCGUCCAGAACCUCAUUUUCAUCUUCCUCUUGUUCAUCCAGUUUCUCAUCUAUAGACUGCAAUAAACAAUCACAGGCAGAACCAGCUUCUUAUGGCCAGUCAUAUCUAGCACCAACCCCUGUUCGAGAAUUGCCCAUAUACCAACCAAAUGAUUCUUUGCAAUUAAGGCGGCAACCUGUUGAUAUCCGAAAUGUUGUAAAAGACUCUAUGUACAGAGAAGCUCGCGGGGUAUCAAUUAAAACUCAAACCAAAGAGAAUGCUGGGGGACAAAUCUUGAAAUACAUGGAUUCUCCAAGGCCUUUGCAGCAGCCAAAACCUGUCAAGUCCAGAUUCUCGGGUGUCAAUGAAGAAUUUCGGGUUCUUGGUAAGCUGAGAGAAGUACCGAGGAAAUCCAGUGAACAUAAGGAUGGUUUUGCAGUAAAGGAUGCUCCUCGGUUCUCUUAUGAUAGUCGGGAAUCACGUGAGGCAUUUAAAUCCACCAUGAAGCUGAAAGAGCUCCCAAGACUAUCACUUGACAGUAGAGAGCGCUCCAUGAGGGGCUCGACUGCUGAAAUGAAAUCAAAUUAUCUCCUAGGUGACCUGCAGAGGGGUAAUUGCAACUCUCACGAUGUUCUGAACCAACAGCAAGAACCAGGAAGUUACAAAGGACCAUCUAGUGUUGUAGCAAAGUUGAUGGGAUUGGAAGCUUUUCCAGAUUCAAUGUCAACUGAUGGGAAUCAGCCGGGUCAUCGGAAAACAGCCUCAUAUGGUGAAGGUGAUUCCUUCUCAAGAAUUUCAAGAACUGCUGAUAGCAACAACCAAAAUCGAACAGGUGGAUCCCCAAGGAAUUCUACAAAGGAACCUGCAUCACCGCGGAUGAAAAAUGCUGUUUCAGUUAAGAAGCCCAUUGCAAGCUGCAAGGUUCCUAUAGAGCCUGCUCCAUGGAGACAAUUUGAUGGGAGCAAAGGUCAAGUACCAGCUUUAAAGAGUCGAGAAACUCAGACUAAUGCCCCAAACUCCUCUCUUUCAGUUUAUGGGGAAAUUGAGAAAAGGUUGGCACAACUUGAGUUCAAAAAGUCUGGGAAGGACCACAGAGCUCUUAAACAAAUACUUGAAGCUAUGCAUAAGACAAAAGAGGUGUUAGAAAGCAGAAAAGGAGAUCAAGCUCCAACCUUUGUGCCUCGAACAGCCAAUAACGACAAUAUUGAUCAGAGCUCAAGAUUGACAAAUUCAAAAAACCAAAAAGGUGUUAACCCAGCAUCUGCCACAUUCAGAGGGACCACUUCUCCAAGAAGUUUUAAAUCCCCAAUUGUGAUUAUGAAAGCAGCUAAAUACAUCGAAAAAGCCAGUUAUUCUGCUUCCUCGGUAACUCUACCUGAGAAUUUAUCAGGUCUCCAAAGACUCCGCACUGGUGAAUCUUCAGAUGGCAGAACAGAUUCUGUUGACAAGCAAACAGCUAAAGAUCCAACUCCAAGAACUAUUCAACAGAGGGAACCUUCGAGCCAACAACUUCAUCUUAUAAAUAAGAAUGCCAAUGCCAAAACUUUGAGAUCAGCACAAACUUCAAAGAAUCCUCAACUUACAGCUGGAAAAAGCAAGUCAAGAGCGAGCUCCGAACCCAUGAACCCAAGACUGCAACAGAAGAAACUUGUGUUGGAGAGGCAAUCUCAUUCCACAAUGUCAUCAGAUUUCAGCAAGACUACAAGGCAAUCAAUAGAAUCAGGUUCUCCACAUAGGAAAUCUAGAUUGCAAUCGUCACAGGUGCAGCAAGGUGAUGACCAAAUGAGCGACAUCAGUAGUGAUGCAAGAGAUUUAAGUCACCAAUUUGAUGCUAGUUCUCUCCAGUCUGAAAGCAAUAUCAGCACAGCCUCGCAUGUGGACAUUGAAGUCACAAGCAUUGAUAGAUCUCAGAAGAUUCAUGGAGGCUUCUUCCAGCAACAUGGCCAAAAAGAUCCAGCACUGAGGUAUAACGAUGACAGGUCAAUGGCAGAAUCUACAAAAACUGGUCCAGAACAACCAAGUCCUGUCUCUGUUCUUGAUGCAACAUUCUACAGAGAUGACCCACCUUCUCCAGUGAAAAAGAUAUCACAUCCAUUUAGAGAUGUUGAGGCCGUGAAUUCUAGUGAACAAGAGUGGAAUCUAGCAGACCUAAAUCACUUAUCCCACUGCAAAAAACCCAGUUUCAGCUCUGAGGAUUAUAGAAAAGUAGAAAACACUCAGCACUUCGUUCCGAAUCUUAUGCAUAUAAUCCCCAAUCAUGAGAAAUCUAUCAUUGAUGAAAUUGCACCCAUCCAUGAAAGCACAAAUCCAGACCACCGAUACAUUUCAGAGAUAUUGCUAGCAUCAGGUCUCCUUAGAGAUUUUGAAGCUAGUAUCAUGACUAUUCAGCUUCAUCCAUCGGGCCACUUGAUCAAUCCUAAUUUGUUCCAUGUUUUGGAACAAACCGAAGUUAGCUCCAAGCUUUUAAACAAUGAAUACGAAGGUAUGAAGGUUAUCCAUUCAGAACCUAAUCCUGAGAAAGCUCGGAGGAAACUAGUAUUUGAUGCUGUUAAUGAAAUUCUAGUCCAAAAGUUGGUGUUGGCACGUUCUUCCAAGCAAUGGUUCUCGGCCAGUAAGGCUACAAAAGGAUCACGAAGGCUGCAGCUUCUAAGAGAUCUGUGUUCAGAGGUAGAUUGUCUACAAGUUAAACAAUCAAACUGCAGCUUAGAUGAUGAGGAUGACAGUUUAAGGCAAGAUCUUAUGCAUGGAUCAAUGAACUGGACAGGUUACAAGAGUGAAAUUUCAUGGAUAGUUUUGGAUGUUGAGCGGUUGAUCUUCAAAGACUUGAUAAGUGAGAUUGUGCGACAUGAAACAACUGGUUCACAAGGUCAGCCUGGUAGGCAUUGCAGGCAGCUGUUUUCCAAGUAGUGUUCUUGAUAAAAUAGUUUUUAGUUUCCUCUCAUCUUCUCAUCUCUCUCACUAAUUAGAGGAAAAGAGUUUUAAAAGCUUGGUUGUUUUGAUUUUUAUGUCUAAUUUCUUCAGGAUUAAAUCAGAGUAAUCCUAGGUUGUAAAUUGUGCCUUAAUAACCAUGUAAAUCUCCACUAGGAGCUUAUAACAUACAUGUAAACUAGAUAUACACCUAAAUAUAAACUUACUUUCUCUGAA